AAGGCAUUUGCAUAGAUCUUCAGCAUAAGAAAGGCAGCAUCAUGAAGACGCGUGCAGAAUACGCGUGCAAGAUACGCGUUGACAUGCGCGUGUGUGCACUAUAGCAGCUGCCUAAGAAUAGAUGAUGCUCUUGAAACGUGUCACUACGCCUACUUCCUUCGUGCUCGACCCUCGAGACGCUCUCUGUUCUCCUUUCCCACCAACUUGUCGACAAGACUGCACUUCAUCGCUCAAUUGAUGCCUCGGAAUGAGUGUAAAACCUGACCCUGCUCGGGCAACGUCUCCUCCAUCAGCAUCCACACUCCCCGCAACAGUGUCGCCCAUCGCACAGGUCCAUCAGCAACCCCAGGAACACUCUGCACUUCCGCUCCAUCGUCUAGAGAGCUCCUCAACCUCCAGGACAGGGACACCCACCUUUGCAUCAGGAUACAACCUCCCCCACUCCUCUGAAAGUGGCGAUUUUCGUGCAAGUCAUAGCCCCUUCAUUCCAGACGUGCCCGUGAACGACAGCAAUACCUACACUGGACGUCCUGUACUUGAUUCCAGUCGUCGCUACUCCAGCGGAUACCCAUCGAUCGCCUUAAGCAGCGUCCAAGCAUCCCCGACAUCUGGUGGUUCGACUCUAGCCAACAAGCGUCUAUCUAAGUUUGGCGGUCAGGCUCUAACACUUGCGCCCACACCAGAAUCGCCUUCUGCCGGCCAGGUGGCGAACACGAACACGAGUGCGAUUAUCCAUACACCCACGAGUGCGACCAUCCAUACGCCCACAAGUGCUAUACCGACAGCAAUUAGGAGAUCAAUAAGUGGAUUUCACACCUUCGUCCCAGACUUUAUCAAUUCGCCACACGAUCCGGAUCAUACUCGAAUUCUAUAUCGAGCAUUCAUAGCGCAGGACAGUCAAAACCCCCGGCCCUUGAGCACAAACAUCCUAUCACUGUUAAAGACUUUGAUAGCAUUCUUCUUCUGGGGCCUUCACAGCAGGCAGCCAUCAAGACACUUUGUUCCAAUAGGGUUCUACGUAGGAUUGAUACGAUCGGGUGGUACUCGAUACUUGGCGCACAAAAGUUUCCCACGAUAAUUUCGAGGUAUGAGGACGCAGCAGGAGCAAUUUGAGGCCCUAUUUCAGAUGAUCAUGG